UCCGGACUCGGGGACUGACGCCCGCGAGGGGCUGGGACAAGUGGCCGCACUCUCUCCCCAGGCGCCCUCCUGCCCGCGAUGGGCUGCUCCAGCAGCUCCCUCAACAAAGCCAGCGACAGCAACAGGCUCCACAGCGGUGAGACAGGAGAAAAGGUUGAAACGGAGAUGGAGAAUGAGAACGUAAGUGAAGGGGCUGAAACAAAAGAAGAGGAAACAGGAGAAGCUGUGGGUCUUUCAGCAGCCACAUAGAUAGACGUGGUGACGGCAGGGUGAACGGACACAGUGGGUUGUAAUAGAGGAGACAGGAAAACGCAGUGAAGCUUGUGGUUACAGACCUUCUCUUUCAACAUCUACAUGUUUUAUACAGGGAAUGUGGUUGUCAUGCUCUUCAUUACAUUGUAUUCCAUAAAACUGCUAAGCUGUAAACAGUUGUCUUAGCUACUUAGAAUAGUGAUACAUUCAAAACUACAGUAGCCAGAGCCAAGAUAACUGGGUGUAUGUUCGUUUAGGAGUGUGAGGGCAUUCUCUUCAUCGUGGCAAUUGGUCCGUUCAGUGUAGAAAUGAGACCCUGAAAAGAAGAUACAGACUUUUAGGUCUAGGUGGCUGGAGAAAGGAGUUGGCAAAUUUUAGGGAACUCAUGAUAAUAAAGUCACACAGUUAGAAUUCAGGUGGAAUAAGAAUCAUUGACAACAGCAGGGCAAACUACACCUAGUAUUUCUUUUCUGUCACAGAAGCUCAAGCUGGUAGGAUCCUGGAGAAGCAUGUCACCUAAUUACCUUCUCACCUUAAGUCUGUCUCCUACCAUGGAUCCUUACUGAUCAUGAUGUAUUAAAUAUGCUAACAAAUGUCAUGUCAUAGAAAUGCAGACUCUGGUGCUGCUCCGGGAUUAGGCUUUUUAACCAUGAAAGGCUACACAUUUUUUACAUGCCAUCUUGAAUCAGCUGUUGAUUUUACAAGUCUGUGACAUGUUUUAAUUGAUACUAUCCUUUUGACUGACAUUAAAAGCAUUGCAAAUUAACUGACUUUUGCAUGUAUUUCAGAGGCAACAAACAGCAAGAAUUAAAACCUAGAAUUGUUGCCUAUAUGGAGUCUGUUCCUUGGGCCCUGUUUUUUAAUUUUAUUUUUCUUUAGAUUGCUGUGAUUUAAUAUUGGGCAAUAGAGGUGGAAAGGAGCUAAGAAAUCAAGAUUUAAAAAUCAUUUAUAGUAUUUCAUUAAUGUUAAAGUGAUGUACCAUAGAGAAGUCACUUUUCAAGAAUUCCUCCAGAGUUGCCAAGGGAUUUUGGUAAAUGAUUAUACGUGAAUAAUAGUAGUGAUAGCAAUCUGGCCCUCCAGUGAGUGCCUUCUGUUUAUGAAUAUCAGGAUAGAAUUGCAUUCUGGGAACAUUUGCUAUCUUAUCUUAUUUGUAAAUAUAUAGUUUAAAGAGAACUGCUCAGAUGAACUAACUAGACUCUUAUUUUAGCUUGUAUAUUAAACUGAAUAUUAAGAUGAUGUAAUUAAUUUUAAGAAUAUAGGAG